AUGGCUUCAAACGUCCCUGUGCCGCCGACCAACGGUGACGCUGUGGCCCCCGGGACUCGCGCUGGCGCUGAGCUCCCCAACAGCUCUACGACCAGCCCCCAAUCCUAUAAAGCCCCGCCUUCUGGUCAGACCCUGACCGGCAAGCAAGAGCACUACCUCAAGCGCGAACUUAUAUCGGACCAGGUCAAGUUCGAAAUCUCGGAACUGAACUCCCCAACCGCCCUCAAGCGUUUCGGUGCCCCCUUCAAAUCCGAUUACGGCGAGGUCUCGCCUCUCGAAUCCGAGCUGCCAAUCCUGCGUUACAUAUUCGUACACCAUGUUCGCGACUUUCCUUUCCUCGACAAGGCGAGGGAAAAGGAGUUUUGGCAGGAUAAGUUGCAAGUGUUCCUCGAGUCUUUCGCCAUGAAGAACAUAUCCUCCUCCGAAGAUCGCCUCGAAGAAACCAAGCGCCGCAAGCUGGCUCUGAAAAGCCAGAAACUCGUCGAGUUGAUGAUGGUGUCAGGAGUCAAGACUUCCUCAGGGUUCGAAGAGCGCAUUCGAUUUUCGGAAAUUGAAGUUGUCGACAGCAACGCCAUUGAUACGGGUGUCAUGCAUACCUUACCGGAAGGAAACUACAUCAAUGGCUGGGAUGUGAAUGUUGCUGGUGUUCACAUCACUCAGGUGAAGAAGACCAUUAGACAUCACAAGCAUGCAGAAUUCUUGCUGCGUAUCAAAAGGAAGGGAGAGCUUGAGUUCUUCGUUGGCCGCCGCUAUGGUGACUUCAGCAGGUUGUAUAAGAGACUUCGGAUUGAACUACCAGGCAAGGUUCUUCCUACAUUGCCGAAGAAGAACAAGUCCGACACGACGACGAGUAGCAUCUUCUCAUCCAUGACCAGCGGUAGCAAGGAUGAUGAUGCAUCGUCCUUUUCGUCAGUUUCCACUCAGAUGACGAACCUCAAAGUGGGAGAUGCCAGUGGCCAGAACCUUACGGUGCAUGGCCACCGGCGUCCUGGUUCCAUUGCAUCGACCGGACGUGGCUCACCGCGCACUUCGACCGACGAUAGGACCAGGGCUCUGCUCGGCAAAAAGAGUGAUACUGUCACUCUGUGGAGAGAAUCACAGCGAGUCUCUUUGCGGGCAUUCAUCCGCUCCUUGCUCGCCAAUCCUCAGAUUGCCCAGACGAAGGCAAUGGAAGAUUUCCUGACCAAGGACCAAAUCACGCCAACCGAUGAAGAUGUGGACGAUAUCAUGCGUCGAAAGGCCCUUGAUGAGCAACGCAUGGAGGAGCAGAAGAAAUUCUACGAAAUCGCCAGGAAACGCGCGGCGGAACUUGACAUCUACAUGGAAGAAUUCCGACGUGAGAUCGUGGAGCGUAACGGUCUGACCACUCUCUUCAAAGAAAUCAGGGAGAAGGAGACCAUCGGCGACCUGAGCAUUCAAUACCGCAAGUUUGCCGAGUGGCUUAGGAUCGAGAUUGCGGCUACCAUCUAUCAUCUCUUCCUCGCUGAGGACAAUUCGCCCGAACUCUUCGCGCAGGCGAAGCGCAUUCACUCACUCAUUCCGUACACAGUCAUGAAAAACGUCAUCAGGAUAGCGAACCCGGCGGCCGUUAUGUCUGGUGUCUUGGAUAUCUUCCUGGCACAACCAUUUGGUACCCGGUCGCUGAUGCAGCGCAUCUUUACGCUCACCUUGAACGACGGCAUUCGAAGUUUCCAGAAGUCCAUCGACAGUCUGGCUGCUAAGAUUGGCGACCAGGUUCUGGUGGACAAGCUGAAGCGCUACACUGAGUCGGAAGAGCACAUCAAGAUUGCCAUCCGUGAAGAGUCGGUUAACGAAGAUAUCGACCUCAUCGUCGUCAUCUUGCGAUCUGAGUACCUGGAACCGCAGCUCACGUCCGAGCAGAUCGGUCGGUUGUACAAUGCCUACGUUGCCUUCAACAACGCGGUCGAGAAUGUGGACGAGGAGCUUCGACAGGGUGCUCAGCUUUUCUCCUACCUGAAGCAGCUUCUGAAGCUAUUCACACGCCAGCAUGAUAAGGCCAGGAUGCUCCAGCUCAUCGAAGAGCCCGUCACUCUUCAACUGUUCAGGGACCUGUUCACCAUCUUUUACGAGCCGCUGGUCAGAGUCUACAAGUCUGCCAAUGUGUACUCAAGUGUGACGGACUUUGCUGUAUUCAUUGAUGAUAUGAUACAGGUGGUUGAAAAGUGCCAGGAGCAGGACGCGUCGGCUGAUCCCAACCAAACGGUUCAGGGCUUCAUCGACCUCUGUGCACGCCACGAGCACAACUUUUACAAGUUUGUUCACGAAGUCCAUACGCAUGACAACGGUCUUUUCGACCAGCUCAUGGGCUGGAUUGAGGGCAUUCUGGAGUUCCUCCGAACUGGACCCAAGAACGGAACCCUGAACAUCAAUGCGCUAUUCGAGGGCGGUGUCUCCGCUGGUGUGAUUGACAAGGAGAAGGUCAUUCAGGAGGUCAAUGAGCUCAUCGCGUGGCAGGAGGCCAGGAAGAAGUGGCACCACGACAAGACGCGACAGAAGAUGGCGGCCGAGGGCGGAGGCCAGGGCCAGGCGGACCUCAUCCCCGGAGGCGCCUUCAAGUCUUCCGACUUUGGGCUCGACCAGAUGGAUCUCGAGGACAUGGCGUACGACGACGACACGGAGGACGAAGAGGAUGCGGAACAGGAGGAUCAACUUGACCCCAUAGCAGCAGAACGCCAGCGUCGGGCGAAGAGGCGGGACAGGCUGCGACGCAGCGCCGGCGAGCCGACGAAGCCGCAUGUGACGGAAGUGCUCAAGCUGAAGGAGAAUUUCCUGGUCAUGUUGAGAGAGACGCUGGCCGAGUGA